CCAAGAUGGCGUAUCUUUUUAGAAGAGGGAUUUUUCGGCACGUGUUAUCUCCAAAUACCAGACUAUAUUCAGAAAUCGGCUUGAAAUGCUGCUGUGCUAGUUCUACAAAGGGAUUCACGUCUAGUGCAUUGAAAACCAGGAAUUUUUGGAAUGGAACAACCAUGGAAAAAACUCUCAAUACUAAUCACUUGACCAGAAUUCCUUCCAAACACUUCCAUUUAUCAGCUUACUUAGAAACUGAGUCAGUGGAGAAAAGUCAAGUAGAGGAAAGAUAUGGCAAGGAGAGCGUGACAGUACCACUGCCAUUUACCAAAAAUAAAGAAGUCCGUUAUUUGCAGAACAGCCUUGCUAGAUUAAGUUUGGAACAUAAGUUUGGUUUUGUAAUCAACAGGGCAGGGAAGAGUCCAAACAUUCAGCUAUAUGCUAAGAGCAAAGAAGGGGCAGAAAAUAUUAAAAAUAUACUCUCAGAAUUAAUUGAUCAAAAGAAAAAGCAACUGGAUUCAAUGAAAUUUCAGAAACGUGUACUGUGUCCAUAUGUUGAUACCCAGAUACCUUCCUCUGUUGUUAUGAAUGCCAUCAGCAUUAAUGAAAUCAAAGACCUGGCAAAGAAAACUGAUUGUAACUUGACACUUAUGUAUCAAUUGAAGCCACAAGGUAUCAUGAUUUAUUCUAGUGACCAAACAAAAUUAGAGGAGGCUGAAAAAUUGUUGAAUGAAUAUCUUGAUAAAACAUUAAAGACUUUACAAGCAGGAGCGAUUACAGAGUUACCUGUCCCUGAAGAGAUUCCAAUAGAAUUGGACCCAACCCAGUUUUUGCCAGAUAUUCUUGAGGAAUUCAGGAAAGAGAAUGUUAAUAUAAAACUGCUAAGAGGAACCCUUGGAGAUGAAGAACGGCCAUUUUUCAAGAUUUUUGCAGAUACUGCAGAAACUGCGGAGAAAGUGAAAGAACGAAUGGUCACUAGCAUACAAGAGAAGCUCAAGGCAUAUCCAGAUCAACACAAAGAAGUGGUGGAGAUUCCAGUUCAUCCUGGAAAGGACUUCUGGGUUUUUUUGCGAAGUGUAGUCAUAAGAAAUAUAAAGAGAGGCAACCCUGCCGUUUCCUUUCAUUUUAAUCUUAGGGAAGUGAAAAGUAUGGACCCAAAAGCUAUAUGUCCGACCAAAUGUCUGAUCAUGGGAGACAACCAGGAUAAGGUCAAGAAAGCUGGAGAAGAAUUAAAAUUAAUGAUGGAUAAUUAUCAGAUGUAAUUAAAACUGUCAGAUGUA